AUGUGGCAUGCCCCCCUUUCCCCUGCAGCCCCUUCCGCCUUGGAUCUCCGGGUGCCGUCGAUCCGGGAGAAAAGCAGCGCGGCAGACUCGGAGGCGAGGAAAAGCCCUCGGCUCCUCCAGGCGAGGAUCAGGAGGGAGUGCAGAGAGAAGUCGGGGUCAAACGUCCCGGAGGAGCCCAUCGACAACUCGGAUGCCCAGCGCCAGUGUUUCCGCCAGUUCCGCUACGAGGAGGUCAGAGGGCCCCGAGAGCUUUGCAACCGGCUCUGGGACCUUUGCCACCAGUGGCUGAAACCCGGGAAGCACACCAAAUUGCAGAUGUUGGAGCUGGUGAUCCUGGAGCAGUUCCUGGCCAUCCUGCCCCGGGAGAUGCAGGACUACGUCAAGGAAGAGGGACCCACGGACUGUGACCACGCAGUGACACUGGCGGAGGAUUUUCUACAGAGUCAGCAAGAAGCAGAGGAGGGGGUGACUGAUUUGUCCAAAGCAAAGAAGGCUCCCUCGCAAGCUCGGCGUACGCCACAAACCAGAAGAAUUGUCAAGAAAGAGGACUGGGAUGCUGCUGCCACACUGGAAGACGUGACUGUGAGUGACAGCCGGGCGGAGGGCGUCCCAGAGGAGGCCCCUGUGCCAGAAGAAGUCGUAUUUCAGGAGGAAGUCUCCACUGUGGUUGAGGCUGCUGAAACAGGCGCCGUGAUGGGGAGCCAAGGCGAGGAGGGGAAGUCCUGCGAAGAAUUGCCAGGCGGAGGGGAGGACAAAGACAUGGAAGAGAACAGAGCGACGGAGAAAGAGAAGGAGACAAUGGCAGCAGGAAACGACCAAGCGCAGAAGAACGAAGAUGAAAACUGUCAGGCAGAAGGACCUGGGCAGGCAGGCAGCAGUGUGACAUCACUGGAAGACCGUGAAGGCGAUGGUUUGCAGGGUCUGAACCUCACUGUUCACGAGAGGUCUCAUAUGGGGGAGAAGCCUUUUGGCUGCUCCAAGUGUGGGAAAAGCUUCAGCCACAAAUCACUCCUUCUCGAACACCGAAGAUCGCACCCAGGAGACACGCGAUACGGAUGUUCCGUUUGUGAAAAAAGGUUCAACAAGCGAGCACGCCUCAUUGCACAUGAGAGAUCUCAUACAGGAGACAAACCCUAUCAGUGCUCUGACUGUGGGAAGUCCUUUGGUCAGGAAGCAUCCCUUGCUACGCACCAGAGGACCCAUACUGGGGAGAAACCGUACGAGUGCCUCGAGUGUGGCAAAAGUUACCCGUGGAAAACAUCCCUUGCUGUACAUCAGAAAAUCCAUGCGGGAGAGACCUACACGUGCCCCGUCUGUGAGAAAAGCUUCAACCAGAAAUCCUUGCUUAGGAUACACAAGAGAAUCCACACAGCUGAGAAGCUGUACAAGUGCUCAGAUUGCGACCAGAGCUUCACCCUUGAAAAAUACCUGAAUGCACACAGGGUGAGGGCUCACACCCGAGAGAGGCCUCACGCGUGCACCCAUUGCGACAAAACCUUCAUUUUCAAAUAUUCCCUCAUUGAGCAUCAGAGAAUGCACACAGACGAGAGGCCCUUCAAAUGCUCAGACUGUGGCAAGCGCUACAACGGGAAAGCGGCUCUCGUCGUACACCAGAAUACCCAUGCGGGAGAGAAACCCUACCUUUGCCAAGACUGUGGUAAGAGCUUCAAAACCAAAUGUGCCUUGACCGGACAUGAGAAGCGCCACAAAGGAGAGAAGCCCCACAAAUGCUCGCACUGCGACAAAAGCUUCUACUGGAAGCAUCGCCUUAUUUUACACGAGAGAAUCCACACGGGAGAAAGGCCGUACCAGUGCCCCGAGUGCGGGAAAAGCUUCAGGUACAGAAACAACUUGACGAAGCACAAAAGGAACACGCACGAGACGAUUCGCACGGGGGACAGGACCUACCAGUGCUCGAUCUGCGGCAAAAGCUUCCGAUGGCGACGGAGUUUCAUUUUGCACGAGAGAGCCCACACUGGGGAGAAGCCCUACAAGUGCCCGGAAUGCGGGAAGAGCUUCAUGAGCAGAGUGUCCCUCAUAGUUCACAAGAGGAUCCACACAGGAGAGAGGCCCUACCAGUGCCCCGAGUGUGGGAAGAAGUUCAUUAAAAAGCAGGCCCUCAGUAAACACAAGACAGUCCACACAGGGGAGAGGAGAUACCUGUGUACCGUAUGCGGGCGGAGGUUCUCUAACAAAGGGAACCUGAUCAGGCACAUGAAAAUCCACACCGGCGAGAAACCGUACGUCUGCCCGAUAUGUGGGAAGAGUUUCAUUCAGAAGGUGUGUCUGAUUGAACACGAGCCGACCCACAGCAAAGAGAAGCCCUAUGCCUGCCCGGAGUGUGGGAAAAGGUUCAAGCGGAAAAGGGGGUACCUGUUGCAUGUGAGAAUGCACAGAGGGGAGGUGCCCCGCGAAAGCCCCAAGAAAAGCGUUAACGGCGGGGAAUCUAUCAGCGCAGGCACCAAGCCCCCCGCAAAAGAGAAGUCCCACCCCUGUUUGGACUGCGGGAAGAGCUUCCACUCCGAAUGCCACCUUAUUAUGCACCAGAGGACGCACACGGGAGAGAAGCCGUACCAGUGCACCGAGUGCGGGAAGAGGUUCAGUCAGCAGUCGUCCCUCAACACGCACCAGAGAGUCCACACGGGGGAGAAGCCGUCGCUGUGCACCGAGUGCGGGAAGCGCUUCCACAACAAGAGCAACCUGGCGCGGCACCAGCGGAUCCACACGGGGGAGAAGCCCUUUGCGUGCCCCGAGUGCGGGAAAACCUUCAACCAGAAGGCCUCCCUGGAGGCGCACAAGGCCACUCACAGCAAAGAGAGCCCCUUCUCGUGCGCGGACUGCGGGAAGAGGUUCAAGCUAAAGGUGUCCCUCCUCGUGCACCAGAGGACGCACACGGGGGAGAAACCCUACGAGUGCUUGCAGUGCGGGAAAAGGUAUAUCAGGUGCUCGCAGCUGAGGAGGCACGAAAGGACGCACGUCACGCAGACAGAGUUGGUUGCCGAACCUGUUGAAGUUACAGAAUUUCCUGUGGAAGCAAUAAGCACUGCUGUGAUAAGUGUGGAUGGUGAUUUAUUUUUAGUGCAAACUACCGCAUAGAUUCAGAUUGGCUACACCGGGGAACGGAGGUGAGGUUCCUCGAUCAAGAUUGCCUGCCUGAAAAUGAAAAAAAGUUUUUAUUAAUUUACGUAUUACGUUUUUUGUUAAUACUGCUCCGUGGCCCAAAGCCCUCUGUGAGUGGUUUAUAGUUAAGUGCAGGGUUUUUU